AUGGCGAGGGCGCAACCCGAUAGGAGCGAUGGAUGCUCGUCCGCUAGGACCAGUGUGUGGACCUCUGGAGGUAGCAGACCGGGUGAGGGCUCCCACUCGGACCGGGCGGUGAAAGAUGAGGAGGAGGAGGAGGAGGAGGAGGAAGGUAACCAAGACGACCUGCUGAAGAGGACAGGAACCUUUGUGGCGUCUUCAGACAGUUUACCUAGUGGCAUUCUCAAAAUGAAGAAAUGUCUCCAUGCCAACGCCGCCCGUCCAUCAGAGGACAGACUGUCGUCGGUGCAGUUCCACCCGUCGGCUCAGGUCGUCAUGACGGCGGGCCUGGAUUGCUCGCUGUCGCUCUUCCAGGUGGACGGCAAGACCAACCCCAAGAUCCAGAGUGUCCACCUGGACCGCUUCCCCGUCCACAAGGCAUGUUUUAGUUGCCAUGGCGACGCCGUCAUCGCCACCAGCCUGAGGAACAAAAUGUUCUACGUGUACGACAUGAUGGAGGGGCGGGUCACACCUGUUCACGCCGUCAGAGGGCUGAAUGAGGGCCGAGUGAAGGAGUUCUCAGUGUGCCCUGAGGGGGGCGCUCUGCUGCUGACUGGAACCAGAGGAUACCUGCACACACUCACACUCAAGACCAAGGAAGUUGUGAGCAGCGUGAAGAUGAACGGCGAGGUGAGCGGCGUGGCGUUUAGUCACGACGGCAGCAAAGUGUUUGCUUCCUCAGAGGAGGGGGAGGUGUACGUGUGGGACGUGCGCACCAACCGAUGUCUCAACAAGUUCCUGGAUGAUGGCUGUGUCAGAUCCACCUGUAUCGCCACCUCUUCUAACGGCCACUACCUGGCCUGCGGCUCGCAGGCGGGCGUGGUCAACAUCUACUCGCAGGAGGCGUGUCUUAACUCGGCCAAUCCCAGGCCUCUAAAAGCGGUGAUGAACCUGCUGACCUCGGUCACCUCGCUGACCUUUAACCCCACCUCCGAGAUCCUUGCCAUGGCGUCGCGGGCGGAGGACGAGGCGGUGCGACUGGUGCACCUCGCCAGUCUGAGUGUCUUCUCCAACUUCCCCGUGUCCAAGAGGAAGUUCCUGCAUCGCACCUUCAGCAUGCACUUCUCUCCUCACUCCGCCUUCUUCUCAUUGGCCAACAACAAGGGACACGCCCCCCUCCUCAGGCUGCUCCACUACAAGAGUUUCUGAGGAAGAAGUGGUGGUCACAUGACAAGAUGAUGAAUAUGGCGCCAUGUUUGUUUUCAAUCAUUUGUAAUAAAAAGUCAUUAAAUCUU